CAUGUGAUUGCCAUACUCUGUACCAUCUUUAGGCUUGUUUACAGAGGUUGGACUCGUCACUUUUGGUGGGAAGACGCAUGGGCAGCAUUUGCACUGAUCUCAGACGUUGUUUGCCUGCUAUGCAUCUGGAUCCAUACCUCGACAAGUUGUGAGUAUUUGACUUCGCGCUCCAAGAUUUAUCUUACUACUUUUAUGUCAGUCCCAAUCUGGACCUUCCCUGUGGCUUCCACCUCCGUUGUGUGGUGCGCAUCGGCUGCGCGCAUGAGCAUCAUUUUCUCUGUCAUCCGAGUCGCCAACUCCUCAGGUUGCAAGUACCAGAGAUGGAUCACCUAUCUCAUUACAGUAUCCUUCGCGUGCAUGUGGAUUGCGGUACUGAUACAGAAGAACAUUACGUGCGUCUUCAUAUGCCAGAUGACCAAGUCGGUAGCGCUCUUGCAAUUGAUUACGGACGUCAUCGCGGAUGUUUCUCUCAUUAUUGCGCCGCUGCAGUUCUGGAAAAAUAUAAGGCUCUCACGCAACAGUAAAAUAUUGAUCUUCUCCACAUUCGGGGCAUCGCUUCUUCUCAUCGCCGUCACAAUCCCCCACUCCAUAAUGCUCUUUCAUUCCGCCUCAGAAACGACGCUCAUCAUCACGCACGUCAAGGCCGCCCUCAGUCUUGUCAUCUGCAACCUCCUAGUAAUCGUCACUGUGGCAUACCGCGUGCGCUGGAAGGAAUCACUUGAUCCAGACCAAACAUUUGGAUCUCCCUUAAUCUUCACGAGCGCCGUCGCGGUGCAAACCCCCGUCAACGCGAUUCCCAUGACAUUGCGCUCUGGGAAUGAGGAGACAGCUCCGGAUGAUUGA